AUGUCGACUUCCGUCUCGCAGACCGUAUACCUGGUCACCGGCACCGCUCGCGGAAUCGGCUUUGGCCUCGUCUCCUCGCUCGUCAAGCGACCCGACGCGGUUGUCUUUGCCGGCGUUCGCGACGUCAACAAGGCGGAUGCGCUCAGUGCGCUCGCAAAGGAGGCGCCAAACCUGCACAUCGUCCAGCUCGAGUCGGGCUCGGUGGAAGAUGCCAAGGCCGUUGCGGCAAUCAUCGAGCAGACGGCAGGCAAGCUGGAUAUCGUGAUCGCUAAUGCUGGCAUCUCCGACGGAUACGGCGAUGUCGUCGACGUUCCGCCCGCCGUUUUCGAGCGCCACUUCCAGGUCAACACGAUGGGCCCACUCGUCCUCUUCCAAGCAGUCGCCUCGCUCCUCGCCAAAUCCUCCCACCCUCAGUUCGCCGCAAUUUCAACCGCGCCAGCUUCGCUCACCAACCUCAUGCCGAUGCGCAUGACCGCCUACACCCUCUCCAAAGCCGCGCUCAAUUUCCUCACCCUCCGCAUCAACGAGGAACAUGAGAAGGACCACAUCGCUUCCUACGCCAUUAGUCCAGGGUGGGCUCAGACAGACAUGGGUAACGCAGGAGCCAGAGCGUUCGGCCUCGAGGAGGCGCCCGUCAAGCUCGAGGACAGCGUCGCGGGCAUUCUCAAGAUCGUCGAUGGCGCGACGAGGGAGAAGACGGGCGGAAAGUUCUGGGACUACACGGGAGACGAGCUGAGCUGGUGA